AUGAAAAUUUUACUACUUUUCUUAUUAUUAGAUAUAUUUGGAUUAGUACCAAUACCAGCCUCAGAUGCAAACGCAAAAUUCAGCUUAAAUGAUUUAUACAUUUUAAGAGAAAAAUCAAUAUUAAGAGGGAAUUACAAAGAUGUAGCAUCAUAAUCUAAUGGAGCAAUCGUAUCAUCAGCUAGAACUAAUUUAAUUGCAAGACCUACUGUUGAAAAUAGUCCUCUAAGAAACCCAAUUUAUUUUUUGGUUACUCAAUAACCUGGACAUUUUUAUGUUCAGCUCCAUUAAUAAAUAAUUGUAGAAUUUUUAUAAGCUUAUGAAAUUAAUAGAAUUAGAUUUUGGUUAUUGGAUCAUGACACUAGAAUAGCCGAUAUAUAAGUUUUUAUUAUUGGAAAAGACAGAUAAACUGAAUUUUCAUUAUAUGAUGGUUAACUCGAUAGAGGUGUAUAAACUCUUAAAUUUCCUGAUUAAUUAGUAUCAAAAGUUAGAUUCUACAAUAAAAAUGGCAAUAGUAUCGAUUAAUACAUGUCGAUAAUAAAAAUUUAAGCCUUUUAUGCAUUUUGA